AUGGAGAAGUCAUCACGCGGGUUCUCAACAUUUAGAAGAAACACGGCUCAAACCAAUUUUGAACCAACAAGUGAGAAAGAAAAGAGUGUAGCUAAUAAAGACUCCAAUCCGGGAAACAAAGGAGCUAGUAGCUCUAAUUCAACCCAACAGAACAAGGCACCAGCUCAGAGACAAAACAAUCCUUAUGCUAAGCCUUCCAUUGACAAGUGUUUCUGUUGCCAAGGACAUGGUCAUAAAUCAAAUGUCUGUCCAAGUCGGAGAACAGGUGCUAUAAUAGAGGAAGAAGAUGAAGAGGAUGAAAGGGAUUUCGCUGAGAAUGAAGAAUAUGAGGGAGCUGAAUUCGCUGAAGAAGAAUCUGGAGAGAUGAUAAACCUUGUGCUGCAACGAGUCUUGUUAUCAUCUAAAGAAGAAGGCCAACGUAAGAAUUUGUUUAGAACACAUUGUUCUAUUCAAAACAAGGUGUGUAAUGUGAUUGUGGAUAAUGGAAGCUCAGAGAAUUUAGUUUCUCAAAAGCUGGUGGACUAUCUGAAGCUACCCACAACCCGUCAUGAGAAACCGUACGGUCUUGAUUGGGUGAAGAGAGGAUCACAAGUUCGAGUUAGCAUGACUUGCAAAGUUCUCAUAUCUAUAGGUAAACAUUAUAAGGAGGAGAUCACUUGUGACGUUCUUGACAUGGAUGUUUGUCACAUUCUUCUUGGACGACCUUGGCAGUAUGAUAACGAUAUCACAUAUCGAGGUCGAGACAAUGUGAUAAUGUUUACGUGGGGCAACCAUAAAAUUGCCAUGGCACCUGUUAAGGAUUUUUGUAACACUGCAAAGGAAAAGAAGUCAAUUUUCUUGGUUAUGACACAUGACGACAAAGAGCUUGAUGGGGAUGUUCAAGAAGCAAAGUGUUUCUAUCCCUUGGUUGUUAAAGGGUUGUUGAGUGCAGCAACAGAGGAAACGUCAACCCCACGAGAAGUGUUAGAAAUUCUGGAUGAUUUCAAAGAGUUGAUUGCGGAAGAACUUCCUAAUGAUCUACCUCCCAUGAGAGAUAUUCAGCAUCAUAUUGACUUGAUUCCAGGAUCCAGUCUACCAAAUCUUCCCCAUUACCGUAUGAGCCCUAAGGAGAAUGAGAUUUUAAGGGAACAGAUUGAAGAUUUGCUGAGAAAAGGAUUUAUUCGUGAGAGCAUGAGUCCAUGUGCCGUACCGGUUCUGCUAGUUCCUAAGAAAGGUAACCAGUGGCGGAUGUGUGUUGAUAGUAGAGCCAUUAAUAAGAUAACCAUUAAAUAUCGAUUCCCUAUACCCCGGUUGGAAGAUAUGCUUGAUGAGUUGUCAGGUUCUAAGGUGUUUUCAAAGAUAGAUCUUCGAAGUGGUUAUCAUCAAAUUCGAAUCAGGCCUGAAGAUGAGUGGAAAACUGCUGUUAAGAGUAAAGACGGAUUAUUCGAAUGGAUGGUGAUGCCUUUUGGGUUGUCAAAUGCUCCUAGCACUUUCAUGAGAUUAAUGAACCAGGUUCUCCGCCCGUUCAUUGGUUCUUUUGCGGUGGUUUAUUUUGAUGACAUUUUGAUAUACAGUAAAACAAAAGACGAGCAUAUGGAACAUCUGAAGCAAGUUUUGCAGGUUUUACAAGAAAACCAACUGUACAUCAAUCUUAAAAAAUGUACGUUCAGCACCAACAAGCUGUUAUUUCUUGGAUUUGUUAUUGGUGAAGAAGGGAUUCAGGUUGACCAGGAGAAAGUGAGUGCCAUAAGGGAUUAGCCGGUUCCUAAGUCAGUCACUGAGAUACGCAGCUUUCAUGGUCUAGCUACUUUCUACAGAAGAUUUGUUAGAGAUUUUAGUACCAUUACUGCGCCUAUCACUGAGUGUUUGAAGAAAGGGAAGUUUCAUUGGGGAUCCGAACAGGAAGAGAGUUUUGCUUUAAUUAAAGACAGGCUUUGUACUGCACCAGUAUUAGCCUUACCCGAUUUUGACAAAGUGUUUCAAGUGGAAUGUGACGCUAGUGGUGUGGGAAUAGGUGCCGUCUUAUCACAAGAAAAACGACCGAUAGCUUUCUUUAGUGAAAAGUUAAGUGAAGCUCGCCAAAAGUGGAGCACGUAUGAUCAAGAGUUCUAUGCGGUUUUUCGAGCUCUUCGACAAUGGGAGCAUUACUUGGCUCAGAGAGAGUUUGUUCUAUUUACAGACCACCAAGCUCUAAAGUAUCUUCACAGCCAGAAAGUGAUAAAUAAGAUGCAUGCUCGUUGGGUAAGUUUUCUGCAAAAGUUUCCUUUCAUUAUUCAGCAUAAGUCUGGGACUCUUAACAAGGUGGCAGACGCCUUGAGUAGAAGAGCUUCCUUACUCACUAUCUUAGCACAAGAGGUUGUGGGUUUCGAGUUUUUGAAGGAGUUGUAUGAAUGUGAUGCUGAAUUCAAGGAGUUAUGGGGCAAAUGUAAUGGGAAACAUCCUUCGGCAGAUUUCCACAUACGAGAUGGUUAUCUUUUUAAAGGAGACAGGCUGUGCAUUCCUUGCUCGUCAUUACGAGAAAAGUUGAUUCGCGAUUUGCAUGGUGGCGGCCUUAGUGGUCAUUUGGGAAGAGACAAGAUCAUUGCUAGCUUGGAGACAAGGUUUUAUUGGCCACAUUUAAGGAGAGAUGCGGGUGCUAUAGUUAAAAGGUGUUAUAUCUGUCAGGUUUCUAAAGGACAAUCUCAGAACACUGGACUUUAUAUGCCAUUACCAAUCCCAGAAGAUAUUUGGCAAGACUUGUCUAUGGAUUUUGUGCUAGGCUUACCUCGUACACAGCGAGGCGUCGAUUCUGUGUUUGUGGUCGUUGACAGAUUCUCCAAGAUGUCACAUUUCAUCGCCUGCAAGAAGACUGCAGAUGCCUCUAACAUCGCCAAGUUAUUUUUUCGGGAAGUGGUACGUCUUCAUGGGGUUCCUAAGACAAUAAUUUCCGACAGAGAUACCAAGUUUCUGAGUCACUUCUGGAUUACACUUUGGAGAAUGUUUGGAACCAGCUUGAAACGGAGUUCUACAGCUCAUCCACAGACUGAUGGGCAAACCGAGGUGACGAAUAGAACUUUGGGGAAUAUGAUUCGAAGUGUUUGUGG